AAUACACACCCACAGUCUCAACAGCCUCUUUUGCAGUCCCUGGAAUAUCAAAAAUUGAGUACUUUCACCAGAGAAGCAAGGAUGAGCGGGUUAAAGACAAGAGUCAGGAUCAAAUUACUUAUGAGGACAGAGUUCACCGCUUAGAGCCGCACCCGCCAUAAAUAUUCAGAGACCUCAUUCUAUCCUGAAUAGAUCUAUAAGAUGCCUGAUCCUCGAUAGCACCACCGUACAAACACCUACAGACAGGAUGAAGAUCCGAAUAGCAUCCUAUCCUUCCCGCGACAAUCCCUCAUGCCUCCUCGCGCUCUCGACGGGUGGUAAACGAACGAUCCUGAUCGGCAGAAUAUGCGAAGGCGCGCAACGACUCUACGCAUCCACCAAAGACCUCACCCUCGGCGACGUGAAGGCAAUCUACCUCACCGGCUCCUCGCGUUCCGCGCAGGACUACAGCGAGAGUAUAAGCGGUCUCGCAACGUUUCUUUCCGCGGCGGGACAGGAGAGGUCGCGGAAGGAGCUGCGGAGUGAGGAGGUUUUGAUCUACGGCGGCGCGGGGGUAAAGCAUGGGCUGGCGAGUUUGCGGGCUGUGGAGUUUAGGACGCAGGUGCAGGCGAGUGUGCGGAGGGUGAGGGAUGACGACGUUUUGGUUGACGAGGGGGUCACGUUCACGGUGAUUGAGAUAGCCGAGGAGAGUGAAGUGGAGGACGAGAGUGGAGUAGUUGACGGCGUGCUUCAGAAUCUUUUCUCUUCUGAAGUUAGAGAUUACGACGGCUCACCUCCCUCACCAAUCCCCGAGAUCAUGCGCAGUCAUUCACGAUCGUCUGUGAGUUGCAGCUACAGCUACAUCAUCGAACCACAUGCAGCACCCGCGCAAUUCGACGCCACGCGCGCGAUGAGCCUCGGCGUGCCUGCCGGGAAAGCACUAGGCGAUCUGCGAAGAGGUGUGCCGUGGUCUGCGAAUGGUGUGCAUGUGACGCGUGAGAUGGUGAUGAGGGAGACUGCUACGCCAGGGGUGAUUGCGGUGGUUGAUGUCCCGGAUGGAAGGUGUGUGGAUCGAUUGAUUGAGAGAUUCUCGGGGGUGCAGAGGGAGGUUGCUUUAUCUGUGUUUAUCUUAGGACGAGAUACCUCUCUGUGUUCUAGCCCGCAGUUCAAGAACCUGAUUGACACAAUUGGCGCAAAAGAGAAUAUAGUCUGCAGCGCGGUGUUUGGGCCGUCGUUCUCGCUUGACGGCGCGGCGAGAUUGAGAUCGAAAUUGGUGCAUCUUGCGCCGGAGGUUUUUACGUGGUGGAGGAAGGCCGAACGGCAGGAGUGUGGGAUUGUGGCGAAGAAUGGGAGGGUGGGUAGUGGAGGGCGGAUUGAGGUGGUGGGGUCUGAGUAUCUGAUUACGAGUGAGAGGGAGAGAGAGUCAGAAAUGUUGUUUACAGACGACAAGGUGACAGAAGAGAGCAGAGAGCAGGAGGAGGUUGAGGUGAUUUGUCUCGGCACGGGCUCGUUCAUGCCGAGCAAAUACAAGAACGUGACGAGCACAUUAGUCACCGACCCCACAAGCCAGACAUCAAUCCUGCUUGACUGCAGCGAAUCCGCGCUGGCGGGUAUUUUGCGCGCGUACGGGUUCGACGAGAGAAAAGCGGCAGAUGCGGUGAGGAAAGUGCGCGUGCUGGUUGUGAGUCAUAUGCAUUCGGAUCAUGUACUGGGGGUGAUUAUUUUUGUGCAGCGGUGGAUAGGUUUGAGGAAGGAAGAGGGGAGGUUGUAUGUUGUUGGGCCAGGGCCGUUGCGCACGUUGCUUGCGGAGUGGGGGUUCUUGUCUACGAGCGAGAUCGAGUUUAGAGACGCGAAUGAGUUUCUGACGGAGGGGGGAAAGGAGUUGACAGCGGACUUGAAGAUCGCGACAACGAAAGCCGACCACGGAACCAAAUACUCCCCGUCAUACUCAGCAGUACUAACACUCCCUCACGACAUCAAAGUCGCCUACUCGGGAGACACCCGCCCGAACCGCACGUUCGCAGCACUUGCGCGCGGCGCGACGGUGCUUGUGCACGAAAGCACGUUCGCGGACGACCGCGCAGCAGACGCGGUCGCGAAGCUGCACUGCACGCAUGCGGAGGCGGUCGCGGUCGCGCGGGAGGUGGAUGCGCAGCUUACGGUGCUUACGCAUGUGUCGCCGCGGUAUCCUGUCUUGAUGGAGGUCAAGAAUGAGGAUGAGAAGAGCAGGAUCGUGAUGGGGAUGGACGGGAUGCGGGUCCGAACAAGUCAAGCAGAAGACCUCGCAUCCAGCCAAAGAAGCUGGCGGGAGCAUCUCGACGGAGGUUGAAGCAUUAGUAAACAAAACCCCCAAAGAAGAAAGGAUAAACAAAGAAACACCGAAACACCGGGGCGUAUUAUAAGGUUUAAUAUCAAACCUUAGUCUGGAGGCGGUAAUUCCGAGAUAAUUUAUUGGGUUUGGGUCCCGCCGUUUGCCGUCUGAGUCUGAAACACCGAAAAUGUUUUCAUGAAGAUGAUAAGAGGUUGAUAUGUUGUGUAUUGUACAUAUGUGAUGGUUAUAUUGU